AUGAAAGUUUCGAAUGAAAGUAGUGAAAACAAUUGGCUAUCUCAAGCAACUUCACUGAGGCAGUUUGAAUUUGUGGUAGAAGACAAGAGUAUUUUUGUGAAUGCGCAUUACCUCGCGGCAUUAUCGCCCUAUUUUAAAAAAAUUUGUUUUGAAGAAUUUUUUAGUGAAGCAAAAAAUGGUCGAGCUGAAAUUAAAAAUGAGAAAUACGAUGAAGUGAUUGAAUUAUUUCCUCACAAUUUGUCCGUGCUAAUUCAUUUUUCUAAUUUGAUGCAAAUACCAAACUUACGUCGAAAACUCGAGCAAUACGUUGAAGAGCAAUUUUCUUUAAAAAAAAUUAAGUUGCAAAUUGAAACUUUACUAGAAAUUAUAAUUGAAGCAUUAAAUGCUUUCUUCUCCUCUCAUCUUAUGGAUAUAUUUUAUGCAAAAUUACUUGAAUAUGACUCUCAUCAAAUACAAAUUGUAAGCUUUUUUUACCAUUUUUAUUCAUUUCGUUUUUUGUAACU